CAGAGCCAGAAGAGCUGGAGGAGGUGCGCAUGCCGAGGACGCCGGCGCGGGUGAUCAGCUGGGCGUUUAUCCGGCUGCGGCAGAGCAGCAGGGGCGGAGGAUGCCUCCCAGAAGAAACAAAAGGUGGCCCUGCCGAGGCAGCAGCGCGGCUGAUGAGGAGAGACCAGUGGAGUUAGCUCCGGCGUGGAGGGGAUCAGCUGCCGCACUCAGCUGCAGCAAGAGCAAGGGGCGGAGCCAGGGCGGGCUCCGAUAAAGCCGGCAACACAACCGGCAGCGGUGCCGGUGGUGGGACCGGCUCCGAGGCUGUUGGUGGCACCGGUGAGGAAACUGGCUGCGUCGCAGGCAGCAGAGCCGGGGAAGGAACCGGCGUCAUCCUGAGAAACAGAGCCAGUGAGGAAACUGGCUGCAUUACAAGCAGCAGAGCCAGUGGAGAAACCGGCGGCAUCCUGAGCAGCAGAGCCAGUGAAGAAACUGGCUGCGCUGCAGGCAGCAGAACCGGGGAAGGAACCGGUGGCAUCCUGAGCAGCAGAGCUGGUGGAGGACCUGGCUGCGCUGCAGGCAGAAGAGCCGGUGAGGAAAUUGGCUGCCUCCUAGGCAGCAGGGCCGGCGAGGGAGCCGGCCACUUCUCACGCAGCAGAGUCGGUGGAGAAGCCCACAGCAGGAUUAAGGAAGGAGCCGAGGUGGAAGGGCCGGGCUGGCGACCCCGACAGACGGUACAUUGA